GGGAGGUGGGGUGAGAUGGAGAGGGAAAGGGGUGUGCCUGAGCAGCCGGCGGCGAAGUGCAUGAAGCUGGCGGUGCCGGUCGUCGGGGCCGGCGGCGGCGGGCUGGCGUCGCCGAGGAGCCGGAGGCUGCGGCAGACCCUGCUGGUGGUGCUCUUCCUGGUGCGAGCGAGCGCGAGGGCCACGGUGACGGCCAGCGUCUCCCGGAUCGGCAGCAUGCUCGAUCGCACCUUUCGCAAGUAUCAUGGAUCGAUUACUAGCAAGCUGGACAGCUUCCAGAGGCAAGUUGAGAGCAAACUGGAAGCUUUCCAAGGGCAUGUUGAGAGCAAACUGGAAACUUUCCAAGGGCAGAUUGAGGGUCUCGGCCAAGAACUGAGACAACUGGCUCGUCUACAUUCCAAUCACCAUCCUGAUCGACACACUAGAAUAGAGCCAAACCAGGAGCAUGCUGCUUCCAGUGGAUCAAACACAAACAUUCAUCUGCGUUUUCUGAACAAUUGGAAGCCACCUUUGUACACGGAUAAGGACAUAACAGAUGAGAACAAUGCGGCUAUCAAAGUUGCGAUGUUUGAAGGUGACAAGAUGAUCACAACUGGUCCACUUUCCAAAGCGGAAAUUGAGAUAUUGGUUGUGCAUGGCAGCUUCUAUAAAAAAGUCCAGGACAAUUGGACUGAAGAGGAGUUUGAUAAGCACAUAGUACAAGGUCGAGAUGAGCAAAGGAAGAAGUUCAGCAUGGCAGCAAGAGUUUGCAAGAGCGAAAAGAUUAUUGGUCGGGUGCAGGAAGCAAUCAUGGAGCCAGUUGAGGUUAAGGAUCGCAGAAAUGAACCAAAUGAGAAGCGUAACUCUCCAAGAUUAGAUGAUGACGUAUAUCGCAUAGAGUCGAUCGCCAAAGAUGGAGCUUACCACCAGAGGCUUCAGGAGGCAAAUAUCCACACAGUGCAGGACUUCUUGAAGGCCUUGAACAAGGAUCCCGACGAGCUUUACAAAAUCCUAAAGAUGAAAAGGAAGGGCAAGUCUUGGUCAAAGAUGACAGGGCAUGCUAGGAAGCGCAUUCUUGAAGACAGGCAUGAGCUCAAAGCAUAUCAGACUGACGAUGGGACUAUGAUGCUCUUUUUCAAUUGCGUGCAUGAUCUUGUUGGAGCCAGAUUUGGUAGUAAUUACAUUGCAUGUGAAAACUUUGACAUAGAUCACAAGGCUUCAGUGAAGAGGUUGAAAGAGCAUGUCUACAACAGAUUGGAGAACAUUCCUUACGAUUAUGUAAUGAAAGGCGAUGCUCCUGAACAAAUUUCUUUAGGCACUGGUGCUGCUGCCGGCCCGUCUGUUGUGCCAAGGCAACCAAAUGCUAUCCCUGUUAACCUUGAGGCUUAUGAAGGUUACCAAGGAGCUGGAGCAGCCGAAAAUUGUCACAGUGAUGGUUUCAACCUUGUUGCUGAGCUCAUUUACACACAUGCAAACUAUGGUCCCGUGAACUCUGGUCCUCUAAACCCAAAUGAUUGCCAAGGUCAAGGAAUUCCACCACCUUGUCAGCAACAAACAACUCUGCCUUCGGUCGGGCCUGAGUGGCAACAAAAUGCACAAGUUCCGACGGACUCUCCUGACCCGUUUGAGUGGGCAAGAAUGAACCCCGACAUGUUGCAGCAAUCCUCAGGGGCAUCAACCUCUGCUCAACGCAACCUUGAACCACAUCACCUUUCUCAACUCCUUCAAACGGUGCCUGCUGCUGCACUGGCAUGGACAGUGGCACAAGCACCUUUCCCUGGGCAAGAUCAAGGACCCGACUGCUCUGUGUUUCCUGGAUCAGGCCGCGGCAAGGGCUGGUAGUAAGCAGAGCACUGCACAGAGGCCCUGGACACUGCAGUGUAAGGCUGUAUAUAGCAAUGGUCCCUUAGUUUGUAAUUGUAGGGUGUGAAUAGUGUUGAUGUUGUCAGUGUAUGUACAAUGUGCAUUCCUUUUAACUAGCCGUUGUUUGUACCAACAUGAUGUACAUGUGUUUGUACUAGUAUGAUGUACAGGCGUUGCUGAUAGCCUGAUAGUGAUAGGUAGUCUAUUUUCGUGUCUUUGCAAAUGUACAUGCGUUAAGGUUUACUAGAAGAAACAAAUUCUGUGUAUUGCAAUAACUUUAUUUUUCUGAAGGAGUGUACUCUUUUCAGGAAUACAAUUCAUACUUGACUGAAA